CAAAAAGGAAAAGGACUGGAUUUGUCAGAGGAAAACGGGAUCGGUGUCUUGUCAUUUUUUUCCUUUUUUAAUUGCUGAUUAUUUUGUAUUGCACUCUAUCCUUGUGAUAAGGAUAAUGCAGUCGAGCCUCGCCUUCGACCAAGCAACAUCGGCGCUCUUUUAGACAACAAACCCUUGAUCCAGAAUGCUGUCCAGAAAAAAAGACACGCGUAAAAUCAAGGAGGGUGUAGUUGGGAAGUACGUGAAGAAAGAAACCCCACCUGACCUACCUGUUACCAAUGUGUGGACCAAUGAGACGGCAAGCAAGAGGCCAUCAGUGUUUCGACUGAGCAGCUUUCAGCAGCAGAAUCAUCCUAGUGGCGCAGUUCCUCAGCAGCGGUUCAGCGUGGGCCGGAUGUCGCAGCAAACCGGAUCUCUGAGCAGUCUGGAGGGUCGAUUCACCCCGAGCAGCUCGAUGCCCGACCUGGCCCAGCGGUUCAACAACCUGUCCAUGGGGUGCGAGCCGUCGCCCCGAAUGUCAGGCUCUGUCUACGGCGGAGGACUCGUGCCCUCCAUGAGCCACACCUACAUCAACCAGUACACUGGAUCAGAUUUCAGCCUCGAUAGGCAAAGGUCGUCGCAGGUGACACCCACAAAUUACGUGCAAGAGAUUCCGGAGCCGAUCGACAGACGGUACACAAUCCGACACGAACUGCCAUACAGCGAAAACGCGUCGGCAAUCUACACCAACCAGAUUGAGGAUUAUGGCAUUCCACCGUACCAACAGGUUUGGAUUUAUUUUUAUUUUUAUAGAAUUUUAUAUUUUAAUUUAUUACAGAUGCUCGCUCCCCUUGCCCCUGUGACGCUUCACCAUUCUGCGCCAAACAUGCAUUUAGCUGGCGCGUCCACAGCUGGGGUGCAGCAAGAUCCUAAUAGCUCUCCAGGCCAGUUAAGCCAGGAUAGUUCAGAAGAGCUGCCGCUGCCGCCUGGUUGGUCUGUGGACUUCACGAUGCGCGGUCGCAAGUACUACAUCGACCACAACACCAAGACCACGCACUGGAGUCACCCCCUGGAGAAGGAGGGCCUGCCAACGGGCUGGGAGCGAAUUGAGUCGCACGAGUCUGGAGUUUACUACGUCAACCACAUCACGCGGCAAGCGCAGUACGAGCACCCUUGCGCUCCGCACUACAUCUACCAGACGGAGGUGCGGAUCCAGACCAACCUCCCACCUAGGAUGGUCACGCAGCUACCCCCACCGAGACACACGCACUUCCACCCGCACAGUGUACUAGUUCCUCCCAACCCAUUCCUAAAUCAAGAAAUCCCUCGCUGGUUGGUCGUGUACUUCAUGGCUGCGCACGAGUUUGACCACAAGCUGCUGUGGGAGAUGUUCAAGUUGUCGGACCUCGACAGCUUUGACGCGUAUUUGAAGAGGCUUUACAAAGAGGGCCUCGAAGAAAUAGUCAUGAGAUAUGAAACGUACAGAUCGGCGUUGUUAUGUGAAAUGGACCGGAGACUGUCGGAACAGCAUCGGGUGACAAUCACCGAGAUAGAUUCCUUGAAAGAAGUGGCCUUGUCCCAGAAUAUCGAAACGAAAGUGUGAUCAAGCAAUUCUCUAUUAAUCUUAGCAACUAGUAUUUGCGUAUUCUGCGCAGAGCCAAUAGCUAUAUAAAUGAUACAUGUCAUCGUGAAUCACUCGAUAUACAUAUUAUAGAUUUUCUGAACAAAUAUUAAUAUUGUUCUUCGCGCACUCUGAUAUAUAUGAUAAUUCUAUAUUUUACUGUGAAGUCUUUAAAGAAAAAAAAACUGCAGCUAUUUGUGAGUUAAAGACGGGCAGAAAGGUUUGCAGGAAUCAUUUAAUUUAUUUUUCCUGCCCAUUUUAUCGCCGUCCUUGUCCCUUGUAAUUUUCAUGGUGCUAUUACAUUUAAUUGAAACUUCGAGCUUUAAUUAAAUUUGUAUUUCAAUCACUUCUGAUUAAAUUUACACAAUUUCAGUACAUAU